GACAGGCAUAACAUGAAAGAAAUAGAGGAUGGAUUUGAUCUGUUGUUGCCACACGUGAAAGUGAAAUGAGUCCAGCAGAACACUGGUUGCAACGGAUUUCGCCUAUUCUGAGAGCGGUAUAUUUCAUCCCCUGACCUUCAGAGGAAUAAAUGUCAUAUUUGAUUAUUGUUGGGUAAAAAGAACUGACAGAUUCAGGAUGGUACAGUUAUUCUAGAUUGCUUCAUAAUCUGAACAGAGUAGAAAUAAUAUGAUGAAGACCAAAAAGUAGAAAGGGAAAUCAGAAAUUAGAACACACAUUCUGAGUCAUACAGUUCCCAACCAUGCACAUAAAGAACUCAUAUCAUGAUUUCAACUUCUUUCCGGGACAUCCUGGCAAAUUCUCUUGGGAAGCUAAUGAAUCUCCACUUCAAGCACUCUCCUGUGACAACUGUCUUGAAAAAGAACUACAUACUUCUGCCCACAUCAUAUGGGAUAUAUCCUCUUGCUUUGUGCACUGGAAUAAAGGACAAAGAAAGCAGUUUUUUCAUCAUGGAUUGUCAAGAAAAUGAGUACCAGGACCAAUGGGGGCACUGUGUCACCUGCCAACAGUGUGGCCCUGGACAGGAGCUCUCUAAGGAUUGUGGUUAUGGAGAAGGUGGUGAUGCAUAUUGCACAGCCUGCCCUCCCCGGAAGUAUAAAAGCACCUGGGGACAUCACAGGUGUCAGACUUGCAUCACUUGUGCUGUCAUCAAUCGGGUUCAGAAGGCCAACUGCACAAAUACCUCUAAUGCUAUCUGUGGAGACUGUAUGCCCAGGUUUUACCGUAAGACACGCAUCGGGGGACUGCAGGACCAAGAAUGCAUCCCAUGUACAAAGCAGACUCCUUCUUCUGAGGUUCAGUGUACCUUCCAGUUGAGCUUAGUGAAGGUAGAUGCACAUACUGUUCCUGGUAAGGAAGCCACACUUGUCGCACUGGUCGGCAGUCUGCUGGUGGUGUUUGCAUUGGCCUUCCUUGGACUCUUUUUCCUCUACUGCAAGCAGAUCUUCAACAGACAUUGUCAAUGUGGAGGUUCGUUGCAAUAUGAAGCGGAGAAGGCAGUGGAAGAGGACUCUCUUUUCCCCAUGCCGGCUGGCCAGGAGACCAGUCCUGAACUUCCAGUGAAUGAGGGCAUCUUUGAGAUCAAGUCACUUAACUCCAUCGUGGAUGAUGACUGCAGUUCCACUCGUGGCUUCCCCACCCAGGAGUCCUUUACCAUGGCGUCCUGCGCCUCAGAGAGCCAUUCUCAAUGGGUCCAUAACCCCAUUGAAUGUACAGAGCUGGACCUGCAAAAGUUUUCCAGCUCUGCCCCCUGUACUGGAGCUGAAACCUCGAGGGAGAACACACCUGGAAGCUCGGGAGACAGGCUGCAGCUCCAUGUACCUUUUGAAGCUCCCAGACUUUGACUCUACUGAGGUCUCUUUCACUCUUGACAACCUUGACAGUGGUUAUUGCUGGAUUUUCCUGCUCUUCUUCUGUUCAACAACAGUAGCAUGGGCCUGUAAUGUAGGCCCUACAAUAGCCAGUAUGGGGUAUACAUAGCUCCAUCCUACCAGAGGGUUAAAUCCCCACCAUUUCCCCAAGACUGACCUUGAGCAAUUUUGUUUAUUUAUUUUAUCCUGGGAACCCAGAUUCUACAGCCAUGGAACUGCUGGGCAUACUCUUUCUCUUUAAUUAAUUAUAGAAGCGGGAGGAAUAAUGAUGAACAAAGAGUGACUUCCUGCCUAUAUAUUUUUCCUGCCUAUAUUUUUGUCAGAUAGGCCUGAAGAAAGGACUUUACAGAACUCCAAUGGCAUUUACCUACUACUUUAGAAAGAAAAUUGAAAUGCUUGCCAUUUUAGCUUUCUGCUUUGACUCUCUCCCCUACACACACACACACACACACACACACACACACACACACACACACAGUGGGAAAAUAUAUAGAUAUAGAGAUAUCAUGAGGGAGGCAUGAAGUAUUGAUUCUACAACUCAUGUCCUAGACUUCUAUAGCUGUGAUAGCUCUGAAGCCAGCAUAUUUGUUCGAGUCUCCAUUCUCAAAGAUUAAGCUGCCAACACUCUCUAGGUGAUGCAAAUUAGUGUCUUUUAGAUUUCAAAUAUUUCUUAUUUUAGAAUUCUUUCCAUUUUUAUUACUCUUUUUGCCUUUUUCCCUUCCAGUCAGGUCUUGACUGUGAAGUUUCUGAGGUGCAGGAGUAGAGCACUGAAGAGCAAAGGGGACCAAUUGGUGCUUUUUUGACUUAAAGAAUAGUCCAUUUCUCUUAAGCCUGAACCUCCAGUUUCACAUGCUUCUCAGCAUGAACUGAAACCUUUUUUUUUCAUAAACUUUCUGUGGAACAGGGCAGACGUGAUCCUCAGGACGUAGAUGUAAGCAUCAUGUAUUGAUUUUAAGUAUCCCCUUAUGUCUGAAAAGAGCCACUAGUUUUGAUGCCUAUGCCCUCAUAGUGGUCCAGGUUUAGGUGGGAAAAAGUGGUCAAAUGAUUAAAGCAACUGGAUCUUUUUGCUUGGGAGUAGUGUUUGCUGUCCAUGAAGCUAGUAUGACUUAAUUUAUUGAAAAUUUCCUUAAUUUAUUGAAAACAAACUAAAUAUAAGCACAAUCAUCCUGAUCAAGAUGUUAAGAUUCACUACAAAUAUGGGUGCUACACUUUACAGUAUUCAUAUCACAGCUGUCUUCUCCAUGACUCUUUAUACAGACUUUGGUAUAGGCAGUGAAGGGGUUACUCAGUGCAAUAGGGGUGCAUAGCAAGGCUAGAACAUUCUCAGUCAUUCCUCCUCAUUUGAUACUUCCUGAUGACUUUUAAAAGGUAGAAGAGCAGGGAAUGAAUGCAUACAGGUAUUCCCUUAACAUAAAGGUGGCAUAUGCAGAAGUACCAGAAUUUUGAGGCAGUUCUGCACAGUAUUGCAGGAUUCUUUUUCAAAAACCGAAGGGACAGGAAUUUAGUUAGUGAUGGAGUACUUGCCUUUAGCAUGAACAAGGUCAUAGAUUGAUCCUAGCCUUAUAGAAGAAAGAGAUUGGUGGAAGAAGGAGAGGAUGGAAGUAAAGGAAAAAAAAUAAAACAUUUCCACCACCAAGAAAUGAACUAGAACCCAUAAUCUGCUGGUGCUGCUGAAGCUGUAGUGGAGUAUUCUAUUGGAAAAUAUCACAUGAGUUUGUCUUAGGAGCUUUGCUUGCUUUUUCUAUUACUAGCUCUUAAAUAUUGUUACUUUUUCGGCUUGCUCUUGGGUCCCUAGACUCAUAGCAUUCUGUGAGUCUCCUGGAUGGUCCAGUGGAUAUUCAAAGAGCAGUGGUCCUGAGUUGUAACAUAAAACAGAAAGGAAGUUUCACAUGAUUCUCCUGGGUCUUAUCUAAUAUUUGAAGUUCUAUAUUUCUCCACCCCUAACAGGAAGCCAGGUUGAAGUUUGAUUUUUCAAGACCCUACAGAACAUGUUUUAGCCAAUUUUUGCUCUCCUAUGUCUGAGUUCUCCAUACAACCACCCAACAGACCUCUACAGAUACCUCCAACUUAUUUAGGAUUAUCUAUGUGAUGAUGUGAAAGGUGACCCAAGGUACUGAUAUUUCUUUUGACAUCUCAGUCAGUUUGAUGCUUAUUGUGCUGUCCAUUGAUUCAUUUUGAAGGCUAAUUUUGGCUUUAGCUUUUCUCUAUACAUUUCUUGAGCAGAUAGAAACAAGAGGAACCUUGGAUAUUAUAUUACUUUUAUUAUCUCAGAAUCUGAAUCUUGUACAGCUAGUUUCUAUCCUACAAGUGUGUGGUGGUUAACGUAAAAUGUGGCCUUCAUCACCAGAUUUUAUUUCUAACAGAGAGUAUUCUCUACAAGAUUUCUGGUUUUAGGAUUCUGUUAAGUGUAUCUUUAAUAACAGCUCGUCCACAAACACUGAUUAAAGACCUUAAGGUCAAAUCAAUGAUAAGUGUGUUAAAAGCAUGGGAGAAAAAUGUUAAAAGGUCCCAUUGUACUUGGCAGGGGAUUAGAAGCAAUUGAAUCACAAGCCUUCACCAGGCAACCUGGUUUCAUGUAAGCAUUAGCAAAUAUGUGUGAGCCGACGUUUAGACCUUGGUCUUUGGGCUCACUGUACUUUUUUCUGGGACAUUUAUUCUUAUCUCACCAACUUUAAUUAGUCAUAUCUAUACUUCUGGUGGAGAAGAGCUAACACCCAGUCUGAGAUGGAUUCGGCUUAAGAAGUUUCCAGCUGUUGAAAGGUCACCAUGUGCCUAGCACUGCUUCAAACUCAAGUCUCUCACUGCUUCAUAGUGAAAAGGAUUGUGGUGAUAACACAGCAAAAACAUUGUGAUUAAAUGAGCCAGGCAUCCCACUACACUGUGGUUGUACAUAGCAAAGUCAUUAUAAGCCUGUACCAAAAAUCAUUUUGGUUCCAAUUUUCUUAAAUUUGACAGUUGGAGUUGGUAAUUAGAAUAAGGUGAAGUUUUGUUUUCAUUUGUUUUCUAAGGUAUCUUGAGUAGAAGUGAAGGAUGCAUUUCUUUCUUUAAACUGAUAUUUGGCCAUAGCCAAAUUCAUAUUUGCAUGUUUGUGCAAGUAGUGUCCUCAUAAAGUGGAACAAUAUUGCAUACUAUGUUUUUAUGUGACUUCUACUUGGGAAUAUAAGUAAGUAGAAGAAUCCAUUACAAAUGUAUUCAACAUAACUCUGAGCCUGGAGAGUAGCUCAGUUUUACAUAUUUGAACUAGCAAAAGAAUGGUGAUCUUGUUUACAAGGCUGAAAUAGGUGUUUAAUGUAGGUGAGUCAGGCUUCAGUGUUCACUUACUCCUCCACUUACAAUUUCACUGGAAUUUUGAAAGGUUUUAAGUACUAUGGGAGAUCAGCUUUCUUCCCUAAGGGUCUUAAUAUCAGGUUAAAUAAAAUGUCAACACUACAUCGCUCUUCCCAACAAACAUCCCUUACACACUGAGAUGUAACCCUUUUAUCCAACCCUACUCAAUUUAUUGCCAAGGUCUUUGGUGUUUUGUGUUUAAUGUAGGUAGAUUUUAAUUACUACUUUUCUUAAAAUAAGCUAUUUGUAGAGAUUUUUUAAAUCUUGAGCCAGAUGCAUGUGUGGAUACUGAAAAGUUGUGUUUGGUUUAUGAUAUCUGCAAACAAUUCAUAUGAAUCAAUAAAAGAUGUACAUCUAA